UACUUACCGACGUUACCGUCCUUCCCCUCUCCUUAAAAUCUAAAUCCUAAAUUAUUUCUUCUCUAUAUCGCCGGCCACAAAACAAAACCCCAAAAAAUAAAUAAAAAUCAACAGUUCGAUUGAAUAAUUAGAUUAGAAUAGGCUAGAUUCCUUUUGUUUCUUCUUCUCUCUUCUAUUUUUUCUGUUUAUCUUUGUUAAUUUUUAGAAAAAAAGCUUAAAGGCUGUAAUAAAUCAUCAUUCACCGAUUUGAUGGUGGCCAGAGGCGUGCCGGGGGAAACGGUUAUGGCCGUGGUCGCCGCGCUUGACUUCACGGAGACAUCCAAUUGGUGGAGAGAUAUCAACGACUCUCCUCUCUGGCAGGACCGUACCUUCCAUCUCCUUGCCGUCCUCUACGGAAUCGUAGCCGCCGUCGCUCUGGUUCAACUUGUUCGAAUACAAUUGAGAGUUCCGGAAUAUGGUUGGACGACGCAGAAGGUCUUUCACUUUCUCAAUUUUUUCGUGAACGGGGUUAGAUGUUUAGUUUUCGUUUUCCGGCGAGAUGUGCAAAAGUUACAGCCUGAGAUUGUCCAACAUAUCUUACUUGACAUGCCUAGUCUUGCUUUCUUUACCACAUAUGCACUUUUGGUUCUCUUUUGGGCUGAGAUUUAUUACCAGGCACGAGCUGUAUCUACCGACGGUUUGAGACCAAGUUUCUACACGAUUAAUGCUGUCGUUUAUGUCAUUCAGAUUGCUUUGUGGUUGAUAUUAUGGUGGAAACCUAUCAGUAUACUGCUCAUUUUGUCAAAGAUGUUCUUUGCAGGGGUCUCUUUGUUUGCGGCUCUUGGCUUUCUACUCUAUGGUGGGAGAUUAUUCUUGAUGCUACAACGCUUCCCUGUUGAAUCCAAAGGUCGCCGCAAGAAGCUACAAGAGGUCGGCUACGUGACUACCAUAUGUUUUUCAUGUUUCCUUAUCAGAUGUAUUAUGAUGUGCUUUAAUGCACUUGAUAAAGAGGCUAACCUUGAUGUAUUGGACCAUCCCAUUCUAAACCUUAUAUAUUACCUGUUGGUGGAAAUAUUGCCUUCUUCUUUGGUCCUUUUCAUUUUGAGGAAACUACCGCCUAAGAGGGGUAUCACACAAUAUCACCCAAUUCGCUAAAAAGGUUAGCAUAAGGCAAAAAAGCUAAUAUCUCGGUUCUAAACUUCUCCCUUAUAAGGUUUGUAGCUUAUGGAACGUGAGAUUUGAUGGAUUGUCAAACGUGUUGAGCUAUGUUAUGUAUUAUACAGUAAGAUAUAUUUGCAUCGUCUAUGGGAAACUGCGAAACUGUUGUAGCCUUUUCAGGUUCAGCAAUUCAAUGCAAUGGGCAAACUUUUUUGGGGAGAACGGGACACUGAUAUCUUUGUAAAAUAGUUUUGAAGUUUAAUUUCUAUAACUGUUACAAGUCGGUGGAAUGUACUGAGAAUUUUAAGCCAUGAUCAAAAUAUUUCAUUCAAUUAUUGUGAAUUAAACUAGAAGUUUCCUUUUGACUUGAA